AGCCUGUGCUUCUGAAUUUGAGAUCUCUUCUGCAGAGCCUGCAUGUGAAUAGGACAAAUCACAUUGUAGUUUCAAGAACAUGGGCAGAAAUUGUUUUCAUAAACUGGCUGAUUUGGAAAUGGAGUAUUAAAUAUGUGAUACAUUUUACUUUUUUUUUUGUGAAAUAUUUUUUAAACACGCUUUCACCAUGGGGUGUGGACUGAGGAAACUAGAGGAUCCUGAUGACAGCAGUCCUGGAAAAAUAUUCUCUACACUUAAGAGGCCACAAGUAGAAACAAAAACGGAUUCUGCAUAUGAAUAUACAUUACUGGACUUUACUUUGGAAUCAUCCGUGAAUCCAAAUGUUAUUAAAAUAAAGUCCUUGCUUGAUAUUCCAAAUAAAUUGGAGGAAUAUUAUAUAAGAGGAUAUGUCGCUGCUGCAAUUCAUCCAAUUAUUCCCUCUACUGGACGUAGAAGAAAUUUAUCAGUUAGUUACUUGUAUCGAGUAGUAUUAUAUCGACUUAAAUUAAGUCAGAAACAUACAACAUCACCAGGACAAAGACUCGCCAGCCUUGUAAUAGAGGAAUGGAAUUCAAUAUGUGAAACACUGACUAAUGAUGGGAUGAGAACGCUGCUGGAAAAAGUCAAUGAAAAUUCUAGAAAAAGAAUGAAAUUUAUUGGGUUUGUAACAAACCAUUCCUACCAGUCAACCCACAUACGCCUGGAGCAACCAAAUUGCAGACACAAUGCUGCUGAUGAUAACAAUGUACAUUGGGCUGAAGGGACCCUGAGUGGACAGUCUUCUGAAAGUGGAAUUGAUGAAGAAAUCCAUUUGGGCAACGAAAGCUUUCAAGAUGCAGGUUUAAGAAGAGAGGACAGUUUGCGACAGUCAAGAAAGAACCAAGGGAAAACAUUGUAUGCAUUAUUUAACCUUGUGGAGAAUGAUGCAAGUUGCAGCAAGUAUAAGGAAGGAAACCUGUCGAUGAAAGUCUCGAGGAAAGGAACAACCAUAAGUUCUCUGGAAGCAGACUGGAUCGAAUUGACAAGUAGUCGUUACCAACAAGGACUAUCAUUAGUUGAUUCUAUAGUGUUCUGGGACCUAAUGAAAGGAGAACAGUCACCAAGAUCAUUGGAUGGAUUAUUUAUCUAUGAGGAAGAGAGCUCUCGAAGUCCGGUCUCAAAGAAGAGAGGAAAUGAUGCCAUAAUAGUAGAACAAUGGACUGUAUUUGAGGGCUUUGAAAUCAAAACAGACUAUGGACCCCUUCUGCACACUCUGGCAGAGUUUGGAUGGCUCCUCACCUGUGUCAUACCAACUCCAAUAAUAAGACACAACAGUGAAGGAAAUCUGACUACAAAGCAAAUUAUAUUUCUUCAAAGACCAGUUAUGACCAUGUCAACAGUUCAGUCACCUGAGAAGAAACCCACAAGGCAAGUUGCAAAUGAAGAAAAAAAUCAUGUCUCCAGUAGAAGCAUAGAAUUGCAUUCAGCUUCAACAAACACUUCUGAAAUGGGACAGUCGUCAGAUGAGUUUUGUCUGUCAUCUUCCAAACCUUAUUGGGCCAAAGAUGGAUUUCAACAGUUUGGAGGUUUUUCUGGUUUUAGUAGCAGUGAUAGUAUGCUGAGGGAUUUAGAUGAUGGACAGUUUGAACAGGAGGAUGGAGUUACCCAAGUUACUUGUAUGUAACCAGCAUUUCAGAGAACAGUUUUGAUGUCUAUUCCUAUAUAAAUUUUACAGGAGUGAAUGCAAUGUACAAUCCACAGUGUACUGUAAAGAACAAUACAAAUACCAGCGUCUGAAAUUGCACAUUUCGUCUGGCAUACAAUAAAUCAGGUCCAACAAUUUGUUGCUCAAAAGGAGCAUCCUUUAUCGUCACAUAACCAAAAUGGGGCAAUAUUUUGUUCUGCGUUCAAGUUCCUUCACCUUUCCUAGCUUGUUUGGUGAGUCUAAAUCACUAGGCUUGAAAGGAAAUGAUAUGAUAAAAACUAUAUUAUUAAUGCAAUAUGUCUAGAUCUGAGAUUAUAGGAUAUGAUAAGAACUCUGUUCAAGUGAAAAAGGUCAAAUAAGUCUGCAGACACAUUUUGUAUUAUAGAUGUGCCACGUCACUAAUCAGUUAAAGGCCAAUAUUAACAUCUGCUGUGUCACAGCUAUUUUGUCAAUCUGUCGGGUGCUGAUAUUUUCCUCUCUUGUAAAGCAGGCACUGUGUAUUGAAGAGAUACUCUAGUGCCAGUAAUGCAAAGCUGUAUUCCAGGCACUAUUGCUCCCCCUACCUACCCUCUAUCUCACGUCCCUCCACACCCCUUCGCCCGGGUAAAUAAAGAGUUAAAUACCCUUUAUUUACUCACUCUUGCUGCAUAGUGAGUACUAUUUUGUUUUGAAGUUCCAUGUAUUUUUUCUGGAGUUUUUUUUCCAGAUCCUCAUAUCUUUUU